GCCAACUUUCACUUUCAAUAUCCCUUCUAGUUGCUUCACAUUUUCGAACAUCGGUCCUUAUCAUGUAUACCCGAACCGUUCUUCUCUCUGUCCUGGUGGCUAUCGCUGAAGCUCGCUUUGGCCAAGAACAAAUUCCCAUCUCAGCUAUCUCCUCUGAUCCAGGUGGUUCCUCCGGUCAAGAGCAAACCCUCACUGGCCAGCCCAUUUCAAUACUUCUCGGUGCCGCCAAUCCAUGCGCCAAGCUCACACAAGCCGACUUGAUUCUUUCUGAAUUUGGCGACGGCGCGCUAGAGGCCGCAGAGCAGAACUUCAACAGCUUCAAUAUCGAUAUCCCAUCCAUCUGCAGCGAUCCAACCCUCCCAACCUCUGAGGCUCUUCGCGGUAUCACCCCUCCAAUUGAUCCGGGAGUCCUCGGCUCAGACAUUGCCAAUGCCCUCUCCGCUUCCUCAAAGACCGCCCCAUUGAACACAGUCGGUCUCUCUGUCGCUUAAGUCUUGGUCGCCAAUGGCUUCUCCAAUUUCACGGCCGAAGAUGGUAUUUGACCAGUGCGCCUUCGAGCCCAAGUCAACAACUUCUAUGAGCCAAUCAACAUAUCUUGGUCGUGAUAGAAUUCCUUUCUGGAUGGACACAUCGCCCCUGCUGGCUGGUUGGUCAAAACACCCUCAAAUGUGACAUUUGUGAAGGCAAACAAUACCGGACCUGGCUAUGUCCCUGCAUCAAGAAUCACUCAGGUUCAAAUCGCUACAGACUUCUGUAAGAAGCUCUUCGACAGCCUCCAGCAGUACGUAAAAAGUAAUCAUUUGAGUAAUUGCUUUACUACUUGCACUACUACUCUAGCGGCGCUCGGUGGCAAGGUCGCUCAAACUGCUGAUGAUUGGAACACGCAGCUUGGGUUCGCGGGUACCAACUUGAAUCCUGAUAAUGCGCCUCAGGCUGGGUUGGUUGGCCAUG